AUGCUAAAGGUCCCUGAACACCAAGUUGCUGGCCACAUUGCUAAAGAUGGGAAGCUAGGUCCGCUCGUAGACGACCAAGGCCGGUUCUUCAAGCCGCUUCAGGGAGACGCUCGUGGAGAAAACGAAGCCAAGUUCUACGAGUCUUUCUCAACGAACAAGAACGUUCCAGAUCACAUCCACAAGUACUUCCCUGUGUAUCACGGCACUCAGCUAGUGGAAGCGUCUAAUGGCUCCGGCAAGCUUCCCCACUUGGUUCUUGAAGAUGUUGUCUCGUGUUACUCGAAUCCGUCGGUGAUGGACGUUAAGAUCGGGUCAAGGACUUGGUACCCGGACGUCUCGGAAGAGUACUUCAAGAAGUGCAUCAAGAAAGACAGAGCGACCACCACGGUCACGCUGGGGUUUAGGGUUUCGGGUUUUAAGGUUUUCGACCACCAAGAGUCUAGGUUUUGGAGAGCGGAGAAGAAGGUUGUGCUAAGUUACAAAGUCAACGGCGCUAGGUUGGCUCUGAGGAAGUUCGUGUCAUCGAACUCGCCUUCUGACGACGACGACUCGCCACCAAACUGCGCGUUUGCGUCGGAGGUUUAUGGCGGUUCCGAUGGGAUCUUGGCGCAGUUGCUGGAGCUUAAGGCAUGGUUCGAAACGCAAACGUUUUACCAUUUCAAUUCUUGCUCGAUUCUGAUGGUUUAUGAGAAUGAAUCCAUCUUGAUGAAAGGAGGAGGAGACGAUGAGAAGAAGAAGAAGCCGGUGCGGGCUCAAGUGAAGCUGGUGGAUUUCGCACAUGUUCUUGAUGGAAACGGUGUCAUCGACCAUAAUUUCUUGGGUGGGCUCUGCUCUUUCAUAAAGUUCAUCAAAGAUAUUCUCCAGAGCUAG